AGUGUCCCUUUUAAUGAAACAAAUUGAAAACUAACUGCAGCAAAGCUCAGGGCGAGCACUAACAGGAAGGGAAGGUGAUAUCUGCUUUAAAAAUUAAUGCGAGAAAAGUUUAGAUGCUUAAAAAGAAGUUUCUUUUUCCCACUCACACCCACGCACUGAGACGUGGGUGGCAAACGGCCUGGCGGGGCGAGGGAGGGGAUGAGGGCCGCUGGAUAAUUCAUCAGGGCCUGCCAGGAUGCACCACUGAGGUUGUUCAAAAACAACCCGGUGAAAAGAAAGUGAAAUCGGAGAAUUUCCUCAUUCGCCGGCUCCCGGCUGCGGCGAGCGGAGGGAACUCCUCGCGCCCCCGCGCCGUCCCGGGCCUCCGUGGGAAGCUGCACCGUGGCCGGGCGGGCAGCCCCAGCUGAGCGGGAUGAAGCUGCUGGCUUCCAUCGCCUUGCUGGCCACGCUGGCGGGGGCCCUGGGACCCCCCGACCCCGCGCUGGACUGGCACUGGCAGCUCUGGAAGAAAACCUACGGCAAGGAGUACCGCCACGAGCAGGAGGAAGGGGCCCGGCGCGCGACGUGGGAGAGGAACCUGCGACUGGUGACGCUGCACAACCUGGAGCACUCGCUGGGGCUGCACUCCUACGAGCUGGGCAUGAACCACCUGGGAGACAUGAGCAGCGAAGAAGUGGCGGCUUUGCUGACUGGGCUGAACGUUGUCCCUCGGCCAAAGCGGAGCUCCGCGUCCCGACCGCCGCCUGGCAGCGACGUCCCGGACACGAUGGACUGGAGGGAGAGGGGCUGCGUCACCGACGUGAAGAACCAGGGUGCUUGUGGGUCGUGCUGGGCGUUCAGCGCCGUGGGAGCCCUCGAGGCCCAGGUGAAGCUGAAGACGGGGAAGUUGGUGUCCCUGAGCACCCAGAACCUCGUCGACUGCUCCAGGAGCUACGGGAACAAAGGCUGCGGUGGCGGAUGGAGGACCAAAGCUUUCCAGUACAUCAUCGACAACGAAGGGAUCGACUCGGAUGAUUCCUACCCCUACACGGCUCAGGUAGGCAGCAGAGCCGGGCAGUGCUUAGGCUGGCUCCGCUCAAAUCGGCGGCGUAUCUCCUAUGACCCGAGCUGCUCUCAGGUGGCAAAUCACGCCGUGCUCGUCAUCGGCUACGGCUCUUCCGACGGGCAGGACUUCUGGCUCGUGAAAAACAGCUGGGGUGUGCAUUUUGGUGACCGGGGCUACAUCCGGAUGGCGAGGAACCGUGGAAACCGCUGCGGGAUUGCCAGCCACGGAGCCUCCCCCCGGAUCUAG